AUUCGGCCAGUUAUGUGAUCUAUAACAACAACCGAGAUUCACCCAGUAAUGUGAUCUAUAACAACAACCGAGAUUCACCCAGUUAUGUGAUCUAUAACAACAACCGAGAUUCACCCAGUUAUGUGAUCUAUAACAACAACCGAGAUUCGGCCAGUUAUGUGAUCUACAACAACCGAGAUUCACCCAGUUAUGUGAUCUAUAACAACAACUGA